CGAAAAAAUUGGCAACUGAGUCUUUGCCGCAUUUCUUUAUGCCUAGUGUUGGUAUAGCAACGAGGCGGAGCUUGCGCGAGUGUGUCUGACGAGUGAGUGCUAACGCCAAGGGUAGCAAAAUUCAUUCGCGAUAUUUGAAAACACUAGAGAGUGUAUUAUCCGUCUUAUUGCUUUUCUAUUUAUUGUUGAUGUGAAGUGCUAAUGAAAGCAGGAGGGGAUGAGGAAAUAUUUUUAAGAAGACAGAAACUUCAAAUGCAGAAGUUGUUACUUUCAAGGACACACAGAACUGGUUUCAGUAUAGAACCAAUGCUUUGCUCAAAAUUAGGUAGUGCUUAUUAUGUGUGUGUGUGUCCUGCAUUAGCUAGAUAUGUUUACUCAUAAAAAAUCAGUUACCUUCCUAUCAAUUGGUGCCUUGCUUGUGGUAUUGGGAGUUAUAUUUUUUCUCUGCUUUCCUGUGAUAUUUAAUACUUUGUUGAAACAGCAAAUAUCUCUCAAAAAUGGAACUCUUGGAUAUAAAGUAUGGCAGGACAUUCCACUUCCAAUCUAUCAACGCCUUUACUUUUUCAAUAUUACAAAUGCUGAUAACUUUUUGAGAAGAAGAGAAAAAGCAAAUCUUGUAGAAGUUGGGCCUUAUACUUUUAAAUCUCGAUGGGUUAAAGAAGAUAUUGUAUUUCAUCCUAACGGUACUGUGUCUUUCAAAGAAGUGAGAACUUUUGUCUUCCUCCGUAAUGAAUCAGUUGGCAGUCAGGAUGAUCAGAUUGUUACAUUAAAUGCUCCAUUACUGCUUGCUGCAAAUUUUCUAAAAAAUUAUGAACUGCCUAUUAGACUAGCUGCCUCUCUUGCCUUUGGAAUAGCAGGUGAACGUUUGAUUGUUAAAAAGUCUAUUAAACAGUUGGCAUUUGAUGGAUACAGAGAUAUAAUAAUAUUGCUUUCUCCAAUUCUUAAGAAGGACAUUCCAUUUAAAAAUGGCUUAUUUGCUUGGUUAUAUGGGAAAAAUGAUACUGAUGAUGGAUUAUAUAAUGUAUUCACUGGAGAAGAUACGCUGGACAAUCUCAAUAUAAUUGAUCGCUGGAAUGGAAAAGAUUCAUUGGGAUUUUGGAAUGGUGCAUCUUGCAAUAUGUUUAAUGGAUCAAAUGCUGAAAUUGCACCACCUCUUCAACCAUAUCAAAAUACAUACACUUUCUUCCAAUCUGUUUUCUGCAGGUCUUUAACAUUAGACUAUACUGAAGAUGUUGAGCACUUAGGAGUUACAUCUAGAAGAUUUAUGACUACAAAUAUGACAUUAGCCAAUGGAACUCAGAAUCCUAUAAAUGCUUGUUUUGAUACAAAAAUGAAACUACCUUCUGGUGCUCAAGAUAUCAGUAGUUGUCAGUAUGAUGCUCCUGUUGUGUUAUCAUUCCCGCACUUUUAUUUUGGUGAUCCAAUGUACUUAAAAGGUGUUAAUGGACUUCAUCCUAAUGCCUCUCUGCAUGAUUUCCAUAUUGAUAUUGAACCAAAUACUGGAUUUAGUAUUGAUGCUGCUGUUAGGUUUCAAGUCAACUUGUAUGUUCAAAGAAUUUAUGGAAUAUCUCAGCUUCAAAAUGUUCCCACUGUUAUGUUCCCAGUAUUUUGGGCCGAUUUAUCUUUUUCGCUGACAGAAGAUCUGGCUAAUGUGUUCAAAAACAAAGUAUACCUCCCUAAGAAUGCUGCAAUUGGAUCCAUAUUUGGAUUAAUGGGAUUGGGUGUCUUAGUUUGUAUCGGUACUAUAAGCUACAUGUGUUGGGUAAAAAGAGAUGACAAAAAGAUAUCUCCGCCUCCUGUGUUUGUAACCAGGUAGUGAGUGCUCUCAGAAAUGGAUAAUUGGAUUGAAGGCUUCAUAUGGUAUUGUUAUUGACUAAUCCUACAGAACGCACUCCAUUAUUAUCUUGAAUCUCAAGGAUUGUCAGUAUUAGAAUCUUCAUCAAAAGCCUGACAACAUUGUUGCCUUGUUCUUCCAUGUAUUGAACUGUUAUUAAAUCAUUUUGUAAAAUUCAUUAUUUUUUUUUAUUAUUUUAUGAUAUUUGACAAAUGUCAAUAAAGUGUGUUAUGUUUUCUAA